AUGUCAACUAAGGUCAACAUGUCGGCUGCGACGCUCAAACCCACCUGCUGGGUAGUACCUCCUGACGAGUAUAACCUGACAAAACUGGAACGAUCUGACGACUCCGACAGUACCUUUGAAGUUCACCCCCGCAUCACCGAAAACUUUACCUGCCCUAAUGGGAGUCGAGCACAGCUCUCCCAAACUAUCGGUGUGACCGUCGGCGAAAGAAAGUCCGAGUACCUGUACUUCGCAACGAGAUUAUACUCCCCUGAGAAUCCACUUACCGCAAACAAGUCUUGUAGCUUGGGGCUCCGCGAUGCCGAUGCCAUCUCGGCUUCAACUAGAUUCCAAACCUACGCCCUGGGAAAAUACUCCCAAGAAAAACAGAACAUGAGAAUCGAGGGCCUUGCCCCAGAUGGAUACAACAGCAUAGCCGCCAUGACCGCCCUCCUCAAAGACUCAAACGCAAUGGACCACCUCCCCAAAGGCGCCGAGCACAUGUCCAAGAAGGAACUCCACGAAAAGCUCUCCGGCCUCCGCUUCCGAAUAGGUUGGUUUUGGCGGGAGAGUACGCAGACGCGGCACUACACCAUUGGCGUCUUGAACGACGAGAACUUUGAGUUUCUGGGUAACAAGGAUGAGAUUGCUAGGGAGGAUGCGUUGUUGAGACAUCCUCCUGAAUGA